CAAAUUAAUGGAGAAAAGACUCCGGUCGUCGCUGCAAACCUCCGCCGUGGAAUUCCUCUCCGCCGCCGUCAAACUGCCCUUCAAAUCCUCCAAAACCGCCAUGAAAUCGUUAAUUAACACCUCAAUUAAACCCUCAUCUGAUCUAACUUCCACUCUCCCAUUCUCACUCUGCAACUCCAUUUCACACUCCAUCUCCCAAUUUAAAAACCUAUCAGACCCGACCUUCACGGCGUCUCCGAGAACUCCACCAGCAAAGCGCGUCCGAAGAUCCGCCCGGAACAUAGGAGAUGGUGCCGAAUCCUCCGACGGACGCCAUGAAAAUGAGAGACAACCCAUUGUCGAGAAGCUCCAGGUUUAUGCCUACAUUCUGCGUCUCUGCGUUUUCCAUCCAAAAAAUGCAUUCUCCGUUUCUGAUUUGUUUCCCGCUGUGCAAGCAUUGCAUGAUAACUUAAUUUUGUUCGAGUCCGAAGCAAUUUUGCUGUCCGAGAUUGCUAAUUUAUGUGAGGACUGGUGGAAGGGGGGUUUAGAAGGGAAAGAAAGACUGAUUUCUCAGUCAUUACCUGUUAUUUUAUCCCGUUCGUUGACUUUGAUGAAGAAAGUGGAUGUUCACAGGGUUUAUGGAGUUCGAGAGGCAUUCACGCUGUUUGAUUUUGAGGAUGAGAGCAUUGAGGAUUUGAAACAUUUGCUCAUUCGCUGCUUGAUUUCUCCUUUGUAUUUGAAAACCGAGGAGGGUCGGAAAUUUCUAGCAUUUUUGUUCUGUCUUAGUGGGCAGCUCACAAAGGAACUAUGUGCUAUGAUAAAGUCACAGAUCCCAUUCGGUCGUAAAUCAAUGUUGGAGGCGUAUGGUGAAAUUGUUUUCAGGGCUUGGAAGGCGGUGGAGGGGGAGGGCAAGCAUGAAAUUGAGAAUGGUUUUUUACAAGGAUUGUUUGAGGGUGCAUUGUAUGCCGGAUCACCAGAAUUAGCAACUUCAAUUAGAAGAAUUUUGUGGGGCUUUGUUAAUCAACGGACGACUCAAGGAGUAGAGAAACUGAUAUUUGGUCUGGCAGAGCCAAUGAUCUUCCGGUCGCUUCAGCUGAAGAAGCUAGCUUUAGUUAUUAUGUUUCAUAGAUUAAUUGGGCUUGCGUUGAUCUUGCGAUUUUUGGAAGGCAAUGAGUCUAUGAAUGAUGCAGUUGCUAAAAUAAUAUCUGAUCUUGCAUUGUUUUGCAAGGCAGUUGCGAACUCCAAUGUUCGUCAAAAUGCAUUGCACUUACUUCUGGACCUGUUUCCUUUGGAAGAUCCUGAUGCGACUAAGGAGGUCAAAGAUACGCUGUUGGAAAAGCAAUUCUUUCUUUUGGAGAAAUUGCUUAUGGAUGAAUGUCCUGAUGUGAGGGGUGUAGCAGUAGAAGGCUGCUGUCGAAUUCUUCAUAUGUUUUGGGAAGUUAUUCCUUCACCAACCAUCACAAAGAUUAUUACUAAAAUUUCCGAUGACAUGGCUCGCGACUCUUGCACAGAGGUCCGACUCUCAACAGUGAAUGGUGUCAUAUAUUUACUUGGCAAUCCUCAAUCUCACGAGGUCCUUAAAGUGAUUUUACCUAGGUUGGGUACUCUUAUCACAGAUUCUGCAUCAGUAGUACGUGCAGCUCUAGCUGAUCUACUUCUUCUUUUAAAUGACCUUCAAAACUUUCAGUUCCAUAAGGUAGUACACAUGGAUGCAUUGCUUUCCGUUCUUGCUGACGAUCAACCAGUCAUUGCUAGAAAAAUCACAAAGCUUCUUAUACCAUCCUACUUUCCCUCUAAAGCAACCGAGGAAGAAGCAUGCAAACGCUGUAUUACUCUAAUUAAAAGGUCUCCCCAAGCUGGAGCAAGGUUUUGUGAGUUUGUAGCAACAGAAGGAGCAUCUCUCAGAUCCCUAAUGAAACUCUUUUCAAGUCUUAUUGGUUUGGCUCUGUCCUCCAAGCUUGAAGUUGAGUACAUUGAGGGAUUACUCACUGCUGCCUCUCACCUUUGCACUAAUCUUGCAAAGGAUUCUUCAUUCCAGGCUGCUCUCAAGGUGAUGUUAUCCGCUAAAAAGCUGAAGACCCUCUUCACGGUAGCUUGUACUGCUCAUGCUCAAUCUUCUGUUUGCAACAUUAUUUCGACCUUGUCGCUGGAUGCUACAGGUGACCUUUUUGAAGACUGCAUUGGCUUAAUUACAAGAUGCAGUGGUUUGUCGGAUAAUAUUGAAAAGCAAGCCGAAGUGAGGUCUGCCCACAAGAUGAUCUUGUCGUGUGGUUGGUUUGAAGACAUGUUUGAAACUCUGAUUGGGUUGCUUCAAAAGACUGCCUCUGGAUCUCAGGUAUGUUUUGGUAUUGAAUUAGAACAGGAGAAUGGAAAGCCGGCAAGUAGAACAAGAACUAGAUCUUCCACGAAAACAUCAUCAAAGUUGAAAAGGGGCAAUAAGAAAAAGUCAUCUAACACUGACAAGAACACAUUUUUGGAAGAUUACGCCGUUGCAGUUGGAGUAGCGUGGCAAAUAAAGGACUUGCUUCUGUCUGAGAAUACAAGGGAAGCUUUACUAGGUUCUGGGAUUUUAGAACGUGCAUACUUAGCGCUGAAGGUCAUUGCUGAAGUUACCUUUCUCCAUUGCCUGGAGCAUGAUUACUUGAAGACUUGUCCUGUUUCUGCAUACGCGACCCUGACCCUGCAUAUGUCUCUUUAUAAACUUCAGACAGUUGGAGUUUCUUCAAAGGCAAGUGGAACUACCUUAGACUUGACACUGGACCAUCUGCUUCACUGUGCAUAUAAUGUAUUCAAAGCAAACAAUAACAAAAAUUCUAAAAAGCCGCCUUUAGAAUCUCUUAGUGAUAGCAAGAUGACUCCUGGAUGCAGUAAAGAUGCUGGAGAAAGUCAAUCUGGUACCGGUUUGACAAAACAAACACGGAUAUCAAAUAUGGUGAAGAUGUUAACUGUAGUUUCGAAGUUCAUUGUCGACGCAGCAACUAUGAGUCUUCUCCCUCCUCAAUAUCAAGAAAGAUGCUUGAAUUUCACUAUAGAAUAUUUGAAAUUCAUCAUGACAAAUCUAAGGGAACACUCGCUUUCCCAGUUGCCAGUCAGUGAGGAAUACCGAAAGGAUAUAUUUAUUUGUUUGAAAAGUUCGUUCACAUACGGAGCCAAGCUACUCAACUUAGUGCUUAAAACUGACGAAGUUCCUUUAUCUCCAGAGGGACCUCAGUGUCUCGUGAACGAACUCUUUAAUCUAUUUGUUUCAGUUGAAGAAUUUCUCGGGUACGGAUUUGCUACUCGUUUGAACUCGGUUGUUCAGCCAUGGAUUCCCGAUCUCAUUCUAGCUAUGGGAUCUUGGACCUUACUGAAAGAAGCUCCAAAUGGAGGUCCUCAUGCAAUCAACAAUGCUAUUAUGGUUUAUCUCCCCACAUGGUAUUGCGUCAUAGCUGGGAUUGAAAUUUUUAAACUAAGAGAGGCAGGCUCAGAUGAUGAGACAGAGAACGUUAAUCAUUUCCCAGCAUUUAGAAGAUUUAUGGAGACAACAUGCAAGCUUUUGAAAGCAAACCGUGAAGUAUUAGAUGCUGUGGGGGUCAAAUUCUUGAAUGGUGCACUUAGUGCUUUUGGGAGCAAGAAUUUCGAGGUGGUCUUUGGUCUUUUGCGUUUCGUGUGUGUGGAGUUAGUCGGGAUUGAGGGAGACUGGGGAGGACUUAGGAUGAUGUUGGCAUGUCUUGGUGAGAUAUACGCUAAACUGGAGAUGGAAGCUGAGGUGAUGGAUAAAAGUGAGGGUGAUGGAGAGAAGUUUUCGUUUGGUGCUAAGGCGUUGAUUGAGCCUGUUUGGAAAACAUAUAUUUAUGAUGAAAGGAAGCAUGCAAUGGAGGAAGAAUAAGAAUCAAGAGCUCGCUUGAUGGAAUUGGGUUUCAUGAGGGAAAAAUGUUAUGGCCAAAAUUAUCUCCUCACUAUUUGAGGAAACUUUUAUUUAUGAUUUUGUGCAUUUCUCAAAGCCCAACAUUAGCAACAAUCUCUUUAUUGAUGCUUGAUGCGCCCUGUAACUGAUGCUGGACAACUGAUGAGCCCAGAAAAUCUUUGGAAUGUUUACAAAGAAACCUUUGAGAUUUGUGUUGUCGCAAAAAGAGUGAAGUUGCGUACUUAAAAGAAUCCCUUUGAAGGUAGGUCGAUUUCUCUUUGGAUACAAGUAAACCUGGCGAAUUUUUCCAAGUUAUUAAAAUACCUUGCUCUUGCAUCAACCAGCUUUUUUAUCUACUACAAAUAGAAAUAGUCAUAAAAGACUCAUUACCUUAUGUUUUUUCACAGUGUGAUAUUUAAAAUGUUUUGAGGCAGUGAUGGUAAAGUAUUUUAUUACAUGCGCAUAUUCAUCUGGUUCAGUAAUUAGGUUAGUGAUAGAAGGUGAAAUAUAACCUCAAUG